CCACGCAGCACCUCCAUCGCCAUCCUGCCGCCUGCCUGCUUCUCUCUCUCUCUCUCUCCUCCCCUUUCACCGCCGUACCCUAGCUAGCUAUCUGCUAACUGCUGCUCUUCUUCCCCGAUCGAUCGAUCAUCAUCAUCUCUCUCUCAGCUUGUUGAUUGCACAUGCCUUUGAUGGAUCGAUCGAUAUUCACGGCGGCCAUAGAUUGCUUGUGAGCUCGAUCGCUUCGAUCCAUCCGUUUCUUUAACUCUCAUCUCAGGUCUCCCCUUGAUUGGUUUCUUUAUAUCAACAUUUAUUCACAUACCAUCAAUCCCGUUCUGCAUUUAUUUUGAUAUAUCGUCAAAACCCCGUUCGUCCCCGUUUCCCGUUCCCCUCCCUUCCUACCUCCCCGAUCCCUCUCUCUGAGCUAGGCCAGCCAAGGAAGAGGAACAAGAGGGUUUGCAUGCAGAUCGAUGAACUCUUGCAUGAUGCUAUAGCAAGAUAAUGACCUAGAGAGAGAAAGAGGGAAGGAGAGAGAAUACACAUAGAGCAAACAAGACAGGGAGAAGGAAGAUCGAAAAAGGUUCUUCAUUCCUGUCUCCUGGCUCUACCUACUAUAGCUGGAGCUAGCAAAAGCUAGAUCUUCUGCAUUUCUACAAGGUUUCGUCACAUCUCUCUGAUUCGGAUUCCAACUAAGAUCAAAGAAAGAUCGAUCAAUAUAAUAGAUCUCGUCGACCGAUACGAUAGAUGGGUAUGAGCAGCACACAAGCACAGACGCAGCAGCUAGUUCCUCCAGGUUUUCGGUUCCACCCGACCGAUGAAGAGCUCGUGGACUACUACCUCAGGAAGAAGGUGGCCUCCAGAAGGAUCGACCUCAACGUCAUCAAAGAUGUCGAUCUUUACAAGAUAGAGCCAUGGGAUCUCCAAGACAAGUGCAGGCUGGGAGGACCUGGAGAGGAGGAGCAGAACGAGUGGUACUUCUUCAGUCACAAGGACAAGAAAUACCCAACGGGCACCCGGACCAACCGGGCCACCGCGGCCGGGUUUUGGAAGGCCACCGGCAGGGACAAGCCGAUCUACGCCAACAAGCAGCGGCAGCUGGUGGGCAUGAGGAAGACGCUGGUGUACUACAAGGGCAGGGCUCCCAACGGCCAUAAGUCAGACUGGAUAAUGCACGAGUACCGCCUUGAAACCAAUGAGAAUGGCCCUCCGCAGGAAGAAGGAUGGGUAGUAUGUAGGGUGUUCAAAAAGAGACUACCAACAACAAGAAGAGAAUCAGACCAUGAUGCACCAUGCUGGUAUGUUGAUGAAGAUGGACCCUUCAUGCAUGACCUUAACUCUCCCAUGAGCAGAAUGCCGCCACAUCACAGCAUGGCGCAGCUGCAAGAACAGCACCUCCAAAUGCUGAACAAUACCUACAAGAGGGAACUGAAGCUACAAUUCCACAUGCCAAGCCAUCAUGUUCUCAGCACCAUUCCUCACGAGCUAGAGAGUCAUUCCUUCCAUUCUCUGUUGGUCUCACCAGACCAUCAAACAAAUGUGCAUCAUGCUCACCAACAUGUUCAGCUCAUGGAGCAUGCAGUCGACCAAGUCACCGAUUGGAGAGUUCUGGACAAGUUUGUUGCAUCUCAACUUAGUCAUGAUGCAACAAAGGGUGUAGAUUAUACUGGUGAGGGAGAUAUUAUUCAGGUCAAUGAGAAGCAAGAGGUGGCUACUGACUAUGCGUCAACGUCAACAUCUAGCAGCCAAGUUGAUCCAUGGAAGUGAUGAUGCAAUUAUUAAUCAAACAUACUACCUCAUAUAGAAGUAUUAUCUUAAGAGUUACAAUAAUGAUGAUUAUCAUAAUCGAUCAAUUGGACAGCUAAGUAAUUUGAUCUACAUAAUGACGUGUAAAUAAGACCAUAUAUUGAGAUGUGUAUCAGUGUACUGCUUAUUAUAUCCUUCAGGAUGUUGUACUGAAUAUACUUCAUCGCCGUGUUUCUAUAUGAAAUAAGGUCAUGGAGAACUUAGAUGCUUCAUGAAUCAUGAUUUGUAAUAGGUGACACUCUUUCAGUUAUGUGAUAGUAAGCUGCUGGUCUAUCAACAAA